AUGGCUGGUCAAGGCGCUGGUCCCUCGAGGCGCAGUCACACCAAGAGCAGAACAGGAUGCAAGACAUGCAAGCGUAGACAUAUCAGAUGUGAUGAGACGUUCCCUCAAUGUCGCAAUUGUACAAAGCAUCAGGUUCGCUGUGACUACAUGGACCAGCAGCGUCCCGAAGCAGAGAUACAGGCACCGCGAGAUCAGUUGCCAUUGCCCUCGUCUCCUGGGGUUGAGCACAUGCUCGACGUUUGGCAACAAACUGGCAGCUUCCCUUACCCAGAGCUCCAAGUGUUNCCCCCACCGAGACCACAAAGCCACUCUAGGAUUGAGCUGCGUCUGAUCCAACAUCUCUCAUCCAUCUCGAGGUCAUUGCUCAUGAACAGUACCAGCGACAUGACAGUAUGGACCUCGAAAGUCCCAAAGUGCGUGUUACCCCUCUUCAUUGCGAUCACCCACCCUAAUUAG